AUGUCAGACAAUACAGCAGAACAGCAGGAUAUACAGAUCAAGGGUAAGCCCGUUAGUGGCCGCACCUGGAAGGUAGAGAAAGAACCUUUGAGGGCUAAGAACAGAGUCGUGAAGAAUAAGAAGUUGACCUCAUGGGAAUUGAAGAAACAAAAGAGACUAGAAGAUCAGCAGUUCAAGGAAAAGGUACGUGCUUUGAAGGAGGAGAAGAAAGCCGAGAAAGACGCUGUUAUUCAAGCUUUGAAGGAAAGAAGAGCAAAGAAGGAAGAACAAGAAAGGUACGAUAGAUUGGCUGCCAAGAUGCACGCUAAGAAGGUCGAUAGACUAAGAAGAAGAGAAAAGAGAAAUAAGGCUUUGAAAGAGCGUUGA